GAUUGAUGGGGAUCAAUAUCCUGCAAGACCCAAGGAUCCAAGGAAAGACAAUGUGUUUUCCCAACACUCAAUUUCCUUUCUCUACAGGACAAUGAAGGUCACAGAACCUCCUGCUCACAUCCCAUUGAUGAUGUCUCUGCUCCAGAAAAGGUUCAGGAUGCGACAUAAUAAUAAGGAUUUCUUCAAUUCACUUUAUCUCUACCACUGGAUCGGACUCAAUCGUUCCCAAAAUGCUGGGUCCUGGCAGUGGACAGAAGGCUCACUGUUCUCCUCUGGACUCUUCAACAUUAAGCUGAAAUCUCCUGGUGGGGACUGCAUAGCGUAUGGUUCACGAACUUCAGGACACGCAGAAAACUGUACAACUGCGAAGAACUAUAUCUGUGAAUACAGCAGAAGACAGCCAUUUGCCGGGAAUACUUGAAAAGCAGACUGAAGAGCAACCCACGAGUCACUCACAAGAAAGAGAAUCCUUAAAACUGGCUUCUCCA